UCUUACUGUCAAGAUGGGAAAACAGAACAGCAAGCUGCGGCCAGAGGUCAUGCAAGACUUGCUGGAAAGCACGGACUUCACGGAGCACGAGAUCCAGGAAUGGUACAAAGGCUUCUUGAGAGACUGCCCCAGCGGACACUUGUCAAUGGAGGAGUUUAAGAAAAUUUACGGGAACUUUUUCCCUUACGGGGAUGCUUCCAAGUUUGCAGAGCACGUCUUCCGCACCUUCGAUGCCAACGGAGAUGGGACGAUAGACUUUAGAGAAUUCAUCAUAGCCCUGAGCGUAACGUCAAGGGGGAAGCUGGAGCAGAAGCUGAAAUGGGCCUUCAGCAUGUAUGACCUAGACGGAAAUGGCUACAUCAGCAAGGCAGAGAUGCUCGAGAUUGUGCAGGCGAUCUAUAAGAUGGUUUCCUCUGUAAUGAAAAUGCCUGAAGAUGAGUCGACCCCAGAGAAGCGGACAGAAAAGAUCUUCCGCCAGAUGGACACCAAUCGAGAUGGGAAACUCUCCCUGGAAGAGUUCAUCCGAGGGGCCAAGAGCGACCCGUCCAUUGUGCGCCUCCUGCAGUGUGACCCGAGCAGCGCCGGCCAGUUCUGAGCCCGGCGCCACCAACUGUAGAGCUGCCUGUGUUCCCUUUGGAUUUUUUUUUUUUUUUUCCCUUGGCCAAAAGAUAUUGACAGUGAUGCUGUUCCCCCUGUGGUCGGAUGCGCCUCCUUCCGUGCCGCCUUCAGCUUCUCUGUCGUGGAUGCUUCGUGGGAAUGUCUAGACCCCCGCGCUUGUGGAAGCAUGGACAGCGCUGUCGUGCACAGACUUUGGUGUUUGUUGUUCUGACGAUUUUUCAUCAUCAUUAUUAUUAUUAUUUUUCCUUUGAUUCGAAAGUCUGUGUUCUAAUGAAGAUUCGGGGAGGUGAGGGAAGGGAAAACAAUCCAGUCAAGUGAUUCUGUUGCAAAGUUGAGGGGCCUGUUGGAAAAACAAAACUUGCCACCUGGGUCUGGAGUCAUACAUGCCCUAGGGGUGGUGGCACCACUUCCUGGAUUCCCCAGGGACCAGGAAUCCUCUGGGGCCAGACUCUUAAAGGGACCUGGGGGAUCCCCCCCAGAGGCCCACCCCACCCUCUUCCCAAAUAGGCUGUAGUUUCUAAGCUGUGAACAUUUCAAGGUAAAUUCAUAGAGAAGAAGAAAAAGAUGGCUCAGCUAUUUCUUGCCAGGUUUACACUAGUUGAGCUGAGUUUCUUUGGAAAUUAAAUGCAAAUGGUAACAUAUUCCAAAACCAGACCCAUCUUGUUGCCUAUUGUGGUUAAAAAAAAAAAAAAAGAUUGCUGUAUAUAAAAUAUUGGGUAUUGCAGACCAAAUUGUUUUGCCUUGUUUAAAUGCAUGUUUAGUGAGCACUAAUACAAUCUUAUUACAGAAGACUGUUUUCCGUAGCUUAUUGUAAAGUAAGCCAGCUGUAAUGAAUGUCUAUGUCUUGUUAUAAAGUCAUAUCUGUCUUUGCACAAAUGCACCCAUCAGCAGGUAUAUUUUAUAUACUCCAGAAAAGUACAAAGUAACCAGACCAGGGCCCGAGCUUAAUUUUGAGUGCUUUUCCAGUGUACUGCCAAGGGACCAGAAGUGGGGCAGGUUUGAGUGGAAUGUGUCAAGAGGAGCCCCAGAAGGUUCUUAUCUAGAGACGUGUGUUUGCCCACCAGCCCAGCAGCCCACUGCUGUAGUACUGGAUUGGAGGUGUGGUGCUUUUCUGAGCAGGUGAUGUUCUGUAGAUUUUCCCACCCUCCCUCACCCCAAAUAGCAUAAAUUCUGGGGGUUUCCUGAUGCUUUAAUCCACAUGUAUAGUUAGGAAGCCAUAGCUGGAAUGUUGACUUUUCCAUGCUCCCAGUGACCCUUAAGAGAGUCAGAGGUUAGGCAGUCAUCUGGUUCAUCUUGAAGAAGGCAUAAGCCACUGUAUCUGAUUUCCAAGACCCACUAUAAAGAAUCCAAAAAAUAUUUUCCAUCAUUGUGUUCUCUGAAAGCAGAUUUCUAUUUCCAGAAGUGACGACACAAAUUUGAGUUGCUGUUUGGUCUGAUGACCUUUGUGUUGAAAGGUAGGAGUCCAAGGCGCUGGUCUCAGGUAAGUCACAUUUUCACAAGCAGUAGGCAAGUGGAAGCCAUGCACUCAAGGGUGUAGAUGAGGAGAUCUUGCCCCAGGAGAAGGCAGACAGUUUCCCUGGGCUGCAGCCCAGCUACGUCCUACAGACCGUGAACCACACAAAGAUAAACUUAGAAGGGAAACGAUGCUGAGCCUGUUCUACCCUCCAGAUUCCUGGGUAUUACUCAGUUCCAUUUAAACUGAUAGUAAAAAUCUGCAUUUGUGUUGUUGACCAAAACGAACGAACUUUGCUAGGUGAAAUUUUGAGACCUGGACCCACUCAGUAAAAUAAUCCUCUUGCUCUGAGUGUCAGCUUUUUUUAACAGUGGUUUUACACCUUGAGGCUUUCGGAGUUCCUCCAUUGGCCAAGUGGUAAAAUCUGGUUUUGAAAACUAGGGAAUUCACCUAGUGGCAUGCACAGUGGCAUGGGGACCCAGCACUCUGCAGGUGAUGUUCAUGAGCUGCAUCCCACUUUCUCCUGAUCUUGACUGAAGACCUAAUUCCUCCUUUAGUUUUCCUUAAUGGUAGAGUCGAUUAAUGUCAGGGAAAGCCCAUUAGGACUCCAUCCUAAGUCAUGACAUCUUACUGAGCCAGACUCACACUGCUCGUUAGAGCCUAGAGCUGGGGUAAAAAGCAGGGGAGCACAUCUCCAGCUGUUAAAAAACAGAACAGACACAGGGCUGAUGAAUGCUGAUAUGCCCGGGCUGGUUGGAAAGUAGUCCUUGUCCUGGCCUGCCACUGACCCUGACUGUGUUUUUCUGAGGGUUGUUUUUCUCAUUUUUCUCCUUCCUAGGCAGGCCUUUGUAUGUCUGAUCCAAUGCACUGUGUGGCCAAGGGACUCAGCAGCACCCAAAGGCUGAAUGCCUAAACGCUUAUGUCACUCCUGAGCUGGGCUGUUCAUUGUCACUGCUGUGUUGAGGGACCUCUGGAAAUGGAGUCUGUUUUGUCUGAAAGCAGCUCAGCCUGUGAUGUUCAAGGGACUGGAAUAAAGUGGUUUACGACUUGAAGGA